AUGUAUCUAAGGUGGUUGCUGAUCGUGGGCAACAGGAACGGGCAAAUUGCCUGCUACAUGGAGAAAUUGUGUCGAAUUGGAAAACUGGAAGGUGAAAUGUGCGAGGACAAUUUGCCCGACGAGAUGAUCAUAAAUACGGAAUGGGGCGCGUUCGGCGAUGAUGGAGCGAUGGAUUCUGUCCUCACCGAAUUCGAUAGACAGGUGGACGCGUCCAGUAUCAAUCCUGGCAAGCAAUUAUUUGAGAAGAUGAUCUCUGGCAUGUAUAUGGGUGAAUUAGUCCGAGUCGUGCUAUGUUCGCUGGCAGCUGAGGGUCUGCUGUUUAACGGUGAUUGUGAAGCCAUCUCUCACUUUGGAUGCUUCCCAACCAAAUUCGUCUCCGAGAUUGAAAGCGACCUUCUCGAAGGGGAGGAAGGAGCAUUCCUGAAGACCUUCCAAAUCCUUGAAGACAUUGGAAUCGAACGUGUAUCGAAUACUGACUGUGCCAAUGUGGCCUACACUUGCAGCCUUGUUAGCACUAGGUUAGUGAGUCUCAUAAGGAUUUUGAAAAAAAUGUGCUGUAAUUGGGAAGAACCUACCAACCCUGAAUAG